AUGUCUUUGGGCGUUUCUCCGCGGCGCGCGGCCUGGGCGCACCGAAGCUCUGGGGCGAGUUGGAGCAGCGCGAGCUCCGGGACAAGCCCUUUCCAGGCUCCCGAGGAUCGCGCGCUCGACUUGGAGUCUGCCCUCCAAAAGGGGCCUCCCUGCGAGUUGGCGCGGCCGGGCCGUAACGCUCCGGACUACACGGGCCUGUGCGAGCUGCCAAGCACGGACCGGAGGUGGGGGGGGGGGGUCUCUGGGGAGGGAGGCCCUGCGCGCCGGAUCCGGGGACGCUGCGGUCCCGGGCCCCGCCAAGCCGCAGUGAGUAGGUCCGGCUGGGCUGCUAGGACAAAGCGGGCGGGGCCGGGCGAGCUUUCGAGGUCAGCGGUGGCCGCAGGAGCCCAGAAGGACUCCGGCCCUGACCUCGACCUUGGAGUGAGCGCCGCGGAAUCGUGCCGGGAGGGGCCGGGCCCCGCGGUUUGGGUCUGCCGCGCGCGCUCAGCCUGGGUGCCAAGCACUGGUGCCCAGGACGGCAGCGCCUCGCCUGGUCACUGCGGGGACCGCAGCCGGACAACAGGGAGCACCCCCCACCCCCAGGCAAAAUCCCGAGAGCUGGGGGUCUUCCCGGAAACCGAGGCUGUGUUAUUCCUCGUCCAGAUCCAGGGAAUCCCGUGUCCAACCCGCAGGGCCUGGGCGCCGCGCCCUCUCCGCGGUCGGGUUUCUCCUCCCAAAUUCCUCGCUGCGUUAAGGGCUACUCGGACAGCGGGCGCGCCGCGGGGUCCGCAGAGGGGGGCCUCCGCCACUCAGCUCUGUGCGGCCCGCACGCCCUCCUUGCUCCCAGGCUCACGGAAAAGCAGUGGAAAUACACCUAGAUCGAAACUCCCCUGGCCCACACGACCCGACCCAGGAGAAGCAGCCGAGUUACCCGACAUCGUGGUCAGCUGAAGCUGGGUCGGUGGCUGGAUGCUGCAGCUGCAGGGAUUCAGUGCCUAGGAGGGCUCCUGUGCAAGGAGAGAAGCAGAGAUGCAACAUUUUUAAAGUUUCACAAAGCAUCCGGCUGCACCCGGGUCCCUGGAGCAGGAGACAAACAGAAUUAAUGUUUUAUACCUUUGGGUAUAGGUUUGAGUUUUUUCCCCCUCAUGCCAAGUAUUUAAAACCUCUAGAAACCCAUGAUUUGACAAUCAAUGAUUGCGCGAUACUUUCAAUUUGAAUAUUCAAAGGCUUAACAAAAUGGACUAUCUUCUGCAGAAAUCCUGCACACAGGCACCCCACAGAGAGUCCAGAGAAACAGGGAGUAAGACCCUGUUGGGUCCUGGCCCUUGUUUUUAUUGCAUUUUGAGCGUUUUGUCCACCUUCCCACAGACAGAGCAGGUGUCCCCAAAGAUGCACUGUAUUUCUGCCUCCAAGGCAGCUCCAGGGGCUCUGAGUGACCUUGGCUGCCCCCCGUGACUUCCUGAGCCAGGCUGACUGGUCAGACCGAGUCUCACAUCCCCAGUCUCCAUUUUAAGGGAAAAUCUCUUAAAAUGGAGAUUUGGGGGAAUGAACAUGGCAGCCUACGGGUGUGGCAUGGCAAGAAGUCCCUCGGGGCCCAGGUUGCAGGCCAGAGGCCCAGCGGAGCCUUACCCCUGCACCUCGUCUCCUUCUGGCCCCGCCUGGCCACGUGCUGGCUUCCCUCCCCUUUUCACUCCGCUCCCUGCCUGGGUCCCAAACACCCAGGUUUCAGCACCGAUCACUGGCUCAUUAAGACCCUUUAUUCCUCCCUAUGGAGCAGGGAAUGCCCAUAGGCCUCAACCUCUGCAGAUUUUCUGAGGCUGGAGCUUUUCCACUGUAAAAUCCCCCCUCCUUCUCUCCCUUCUCACCCCUGGAGCCUUCCCUUCCUUUUUGCUGCAGGAGCAUGUUGAGAAACAGUAACAAGCUUGGCUCCUGCUCAUUUUAGCCAAAAGAAGGAUAUGGGUCUGUGUUCCAGGCUUCUCAUUUCGGGGUGAAGGUAGGAAGGAUUUGAGGCCAGCCUGCCCCCUGGGUCGAGGCCCGAGUCCCUCACAGUUGCCCUAAGACUGUGCUGGGUGAUCCUCAGGGACUUCUUUCUAUGCUUGUGGGCAAUUUGGAAGCUGGAGGAGACAAGAUGGGUCCAGAGGAGGAGUGAGGACCAGGCCAAAUCCUCUCCUAGCCUCGGAAGACAGAGGGAGAAGAUGGAGGUUCUUUAUUUGCAGGCAGUUCCCUUUGCAAAUAAGCUAAAAUAUUCCAGUGAUACCAGGCCAGGCGAUAGUAACAGACCACUGCUCUUUGUCUUCUACAUUCUCUGAAAGUACAAAAAAUGUAGGUUAGCCCCAUAGGUGACUAGAAAAAUAUCUGAAUGCCUUGGAAUGUGUCUGAAUACAGGGUGGAGCUUAUGUUGAUGGGGGAAAGGAGCUCUUGGAGUGAUGAGACCCUUGGGUCUGCGCUGGAUGGGAAUUUCUCGGCAGCUGAAGGCAUGUCUUUGGGGGAGCGGGUCAGAGCUGCGAACUCCUGAGGUGUCACUUGGCAACGGAAGGCAGGAAGGGUGGUUUGUCCCUGGCCCACCUGGACCCUGUCAGCCUCCAGGGCCUCUCUCUCCAGAGUCCCCUGAGCCUGCAUCCUGAGUUCCUCUGAUGGUCAGGCCUGAGGACCAGACCCAUGUGGAGUGGAAGGACACUGGCAGUUGAGAGCCGUGUUUCCUCUCUUCUCUCCUGCCCUGCCUGGGCAGUGCUCUUUUGGGGACAACAGUGAGCAAAACAGCGUCUGGACCACCCCAGCCAAGCUUCUACCUGGGCCGCAGCCUGGAAUUAGGGACAGUUUCUUGUCCUCAUGGCUUCAUCCAUUACUUCUUUUUCUUCUUCCCUCCUUUUUUUUUUGUUUUAAUCUUCCUUUCUGAUUUGCUUUUAAAAAGCUUGUCCUUUGUCCUUUUUGUUUAUUUUCUCCCCUUGCCUCAAUUCUUUCCGUGUUUCUUUUUCCAUGUCUCUCUUCCUGUCUCUGCUUUCCUCCAUUUCUAGUCUGUGUUGCUGUUUUUCUCUCUGGCUUCCUGUGUGUGCCUCUUGUUUUCUAGGGUGCUGCCUCACGCAUUCAGGCUUAAACUCCUUCCCAGCCUUUCCUUUCAGGUGGAGAUGGACAGGAGGCCACUGCGUUCCUCGGGCGACAUCACUGAAGCUGGUGCUGCUGAUCGGCUGCUCUGUGCAGGAGGCAGGCAAGGCUGGGCCGGGUGAGCUCCUUGGAGCAAAGAGCUCUUGCGACUCUCCACCAGGAGCCUCUGCCUAAAGCCCGGCAGCAGUCCUGAGCGCUUCUGCCUUGGUCCCUGUUGCUGAGAUGGACAUCCCCUUACUUAGUGCCACUGCUGACCAGUAACUUCAGGAAACUCAGGGUGUUUUGGCCCCUGCCAUUUCUACAAUUGCAAGUGUUUAAGAGGCAAAUUCCAUGCUUGUGGCAAUAAGGGAGAAUCCUUUCUAAGUGGAUCCUGUGGAUCCUUCUGACAGAUCUUCUUUAGUGAUGGGGCCUGAAGCAACCAGGUCUACUCUGAGCCUCCCAGGCACCCAUGCACUUGGGUGUUCCUCAUAGGGGACUUUUGAAAGUUGUCCUUUACAGAGGGCUUACUGGAUAUCAGGAAUUGUAUUGUAGAGAGUCCCCAUUUCACAGAGGCAGAAUCAGGCACAGAAGGGUUAAGCAACUUGCCCAAGAUUACUGAGCACAUAAAGGGCAGAAUUGGAAUUCAAAUUUUGAUAAAUCUGAUUCCAAAGUCCUUACUCUUAACCGUAGUUGUAUUCUGCCUUCCUGAUCUGUUAUAACAGAGGCUUUCAAACUUUUUUUACUUCAAUCCAAAGUUCAUUUUACAUAGUCACACACUGUAAAUGUAACAGUAUCUGUAUUCAUAAAUUUGUAAAACAAACUUCUUGAAACAAUAAACACCUAUGUAUGUGCA